AUGGGUGAGCACCGACAGGCCCGACAGGAGCCCGCCCUGUGCCAGGACCAGUUGGUGGCCCUUGCACUUCCUGGCGGGGUCGAGACGGAUCCGAGCCGGGACGCUUCCGCAUCGUCGGCGGCACCGCCUUCCCUGGGGAAGGUUUUCCGCGGCGAGUUCUGGGAAAAGUCCAAGAGCGCAGACAGCCUUGGCGGAGAGGACGCGCACGAGUGCAGCAGCACGGCCUCCGGCCGCGACCUGGAGCAGCGCAUCAAUAUGUUCCGCCCGCGGCACGACUCCCGCACCAACACCACGGACACAGCGGCAUCUGGCGGGGAGGCGAUCGGUGCGAGGCGUCCGAGCUCGCCGGCGGGGCUGGCCGAGCUCGCACGGUCGGCCAACGCCCGCGGCAGCGCCGCUAGCAGCACGGGUUUCGCGUGUGCGCCGGCCGUGCCGGCCGAGCUCUUGGGAGCGGCCAGCGCCAGCGGCAGCGCUGCCAGCAGCACGGGCCUCCAGAGGCGGGUGACGCCGCCGACUGUGGAGAUCAUAUGCGCGGCCGAGUCCGGCGGCAGCGGCAGCAGGCCGCCGUGCAGGAUGCAUCUGCCGAGGAACUCCUUCCAGGCGCGGGUCACCAGCCCGACUGGGAGCCGCAGCCUGGACAUGGUGCGCGACGAGGAGGAUGAGGACGGCACUGGCACAAGUUCACUUGGCACCACGCGUGGGCUGCAGCCUGGCGAGCCGCCUCGUGUCUCCGAGACGCGAUACUCGCCCAACUCUUUGCUGAGGGUUGCAAGAUCCUUUACCUCGCUUCACAGCCACGAUCCACAGGGGCGCAGGCCCAGUGAGGUCAGCCUCAUGGGCACGGUCCUGGCGAGGAUUCGAGGAUCCACCUGGAUGGAGGACGUUCAUCUCACCCACAGCCGCGGACCGACCACCCCCGCGGGCGCGAUUCUCACCCCGGCGGGCACUGUGGGCAGCAGAGGUCUUCUGACUGGUUCAUCCGACGCUAACAUCAGUGAAAGAGCGCGGUCCAAGCAGUCCAAACAUUCCAGGUCAUCCUUACAGGAGGCCUUGGAAUCACUGCCGUCAAACGGAAGUUCCCGCCCACUAUUCUCGCUUGGCUCUUUGUCAACAAUUAUCGCGGCUGCAGUCGCAUUUUCUGCGUUGCUCGCAAGCCUAAGCAUGUACGUGGUGCUGGAGGUGCUGGCACAGGACGCGCUUGACCUUCCGUCGGACGAGGGCGUUCGCCCCUCGCCACGCGACAGGGCUAGCGCUGCCAGGCUGCAGGCUUUGAUCGUCUGCCUGCUUGUCACAGUGGUCGGACUUGCGAUAGGCUGGUACGUAAGCAGGAUGGUCACGAUUCCUGUGCGCACUGUUACAGAGCUUAUGCAGCUCCUCGGCGAGCUGAACACCGAGGAGUCGGAGCAGCUCGCGACGCUCUACAACUGCAGCACCUCCCGACUCAGAGAGGUCCGCGAGCUCCAGCACUCCUUCGGCAGGAUGUCGCGCUGCAUCGAGAUGUUCAAGCGCUACGUGCCCAAUAGCGUGGUCAGAGAUAUCGUCCGCGGGGACGAGCGUGCGAUGAGGCUGCACGUCUCCCAGCGCGAGGUGACAAUUAUGUUUUCGGAUAUCGCGAAUUUUACACCCAUCGCUGAGUCACUCAAGCAGGUCGACUUGUUGUUCCUGCUUACGCGGUAUUUUUCGAUCAUGACCAGGAUCGUUGAGACUUACGAAGGCAUGGUGGCGGAGAUUUUGGGCGACGGCCUGGUGGUAUUCUGGAAUACGCCCGACGACGUGUCAGACCAUGCGGCAAAAGCUUGCGCCGCAGCGCUGGCCCAGCAGCAGGUCCUGAAGACGUUGAACACGGAGCUGUCCCAGUUCAAGUUGCCACAGAUCAAGAUCCGCAUAGGGCUUCACACUGGCGUCGUGCUUUCUGGUAAUAUCGGCAGCGAAAGCAAGAUGAAGUUCGGCUGCAUGGGUGACCCAGUCAACCUGGCCAGCCGCCUUGAGAGUCUGUGCAAAGUGUACGGCGUGUGGAUCCUGUGCUCUGAAGCCACGGUCAGAUUGGUGACGCGCCACGACAGGCUCAUGAACACCGACGGCUUCGUCAUGCGCGAGCUCGACCUCGUGCAGGUGAAGGGCAAGUCACAGCCCACCCGCAUCUAUGAGAUCAUGGGCAUCAGUGACGAGGAGGUGUUCAACGAGGAACAUCUCGUCGACCCUGAGAGGGCCUGCGGCGACGUCAUGCAGGCGUCAACCAUUGGGAUGAAGAAGCUGGAAGACCUCAGGUGGAACCCCCUCAAGCAAAUGGCCAGAAGGUUCUCCAUGAAAUUCGGCGAUACUUCGGCCAGCGAGUCUAAGAUAUCCGCCAGUCCAUCUAUGAGCCCAAGACCAAGAGACAGGGAUGCGAUGGACGCGACCUCGAUUUCCCAGUCAUCCCCCCGGAGUUUCAUCAGCACUAGGAAACCCAGCCUCUCCCCAAGACGACCCUCAAAUCCGCCUACAAGGCACAGGUCGCCAAUCAACUCAUCGUCGACCGUGGAAUCGAGGAGUCGGCUUGUCGAGUCCGCAGGGGGCGCGGUCGUCCCCGAGCACGUGCGUGAGAUGGCCUCCCGCUAUGAGGACGCCCUGUGCGCAUACCAGCAGGGGCUGUUCCAUGAGGCGCGCCACAAGGCGCUCGGGCUGAAUGGCGAAUGGCCUGACGACGUGGCCACCAGAAUUCUGCUCGAGCAGAUCAGCAAGGUCCUCGGCCCAGACGGCAAAGUCUGCGGGCUCACUGACGAGGAGCGGCUGUCGUGGACUGGAGUGACGGUGCUCAGUAACAAGUAG